CAAGUCCUGCUUGCUGGUACUACACUGCGGUUGAGUUAUGUUAGAAGAUAGAAGUUUGUAAAAGCUACCAAUAAUAAUGGCCAUCUCCUUUGGCUUCUCUUCUUCCUUUUCAACUACUUUCAACAAUUCUUCCUUCUUCAACAAAAACAAAACCCAGGUAAUUGCUCAAUUAAAGCAGAACAGUGGCAGUCAUCGGAAAGUGUGGCGCCGGAGACAAUUGACAAAGAAGGAUGACAUGUUAAGGUACCAAUUGGGUAGAGUUCCCUUCCUCGAGGAGCAGGUCAGGAAGAUUAAAGAUGACGGAAAGGUCCUGACAAUGGAUAUUCAUAAAUUGUUGCUGUCGGAGGAUAACCGGUUUGAUUUUGUGAAUGAGGUAGCAGCUGAGGCCAUUGAAUAUGUAGAGGCCAACAGAGAUGAGUACGGAGGUAAGAAAAAGGCGAUCCUUCACGUGCUUAGUAACCGAAUGGCUGAUGCUGGCUAUGACCGUCCGGUGGCAUACGAAGAAUCUGAUCCUUUAAAGCCAGGACCUGGUUAUAUGAAGGAAUAUUAUACAUGAAUUCUGCAAUUUCCAAUUUUCUAGAGCAACCUCAACUUGUUUAAGACUAGUUAAUAAAUCUAAUCAAAUAUAAACAUGCAUAUAUGAUGGUUUUAUGUA